AUGGGCUUCAAGUUUGGGUUUGAAUUCAUUUUGGACCAUUUUCUGUUCCAAACAACCCCAGUACCCACCAGGGGGAAGAUGGAGAAGGAGAAGGAGCGGGCGCGGCUGGCGGGGCUGGUCCCGGCCGAGCCCCCCGAGGGUCCCGAGGACACGCAGCGGGAGCGGCGGCUCUUCCAGCUCCACAUGUGUGAGUACCUGCUGAAAGCCAGUGAGUCUCAGAUGAAGCAGGGACCAGAUUUCCUGCAGAGCCUCAUCAAGUUUUUCCAUGCUCAGCACAAUUUCUUCCAAGAUGGCUGGAAGGCUGCCCAGAACCUCUACCCCUUCAUCGAGAAGCUGGCUGUGUCCCUCCAUGCACUCCACCAGGCACAAGAGGAGGAGGUGAAGCAGCUCACCCAGACCCGGGAUUCCCUCCGCAGCAUCUUGCAGUUGGAGAACAAGGAGGAAAACCUGAGCAGGAAGAACUCGGGCAGUGGUUACAGCAUCCACCAGCACCAGGGGAACAAGCAGUACGGGACGGAGAAGUCGGGGUUUCUCUACAAGAAGAGCGAUGGGAUCCGCAAAGUCUGGCAGAAGAGGAAGUGUGGGGUGAAGUAUGGAUGCCUGACCAUCUCCCACAGCACGAUAAACCGUCCCCCUGUCAAGCUGAACCUGCUCACCUGCCAGGUGCGGCCCCACCCCGAGGAGAAGAAAUGCUUCGACCUGGUGACACACAACAGGACCUACCACUUCCAAGCAGAGGACGAGCAAGAGUGCGUGGUGUGGGUCUCGGUGCUCCAGAACAGCAAGGAUGAAGCCCUGACCAACGCCUUCAAGGGGGAGCCCAACGGCAGCGGGGGGGUGGCGGGCGGCGGGGCGGACCCUGGCCUGCAGGAUCUCACCAAGCUGGUCAUCAACGAGGUGAAGAACAUGCCAGGAAACAAGCAGUGUUGUGACUGCGGGGCCCCCGACCCCACGUGGCUUUCCACCAACCUGGGCAUCCUGACCUGCAUCGAGUGCUCCGGCAUCCAUCGGGAGCUGGGAGUGCAUUAUUCCCGUAUCCAAUCCCUCACCCUGGAUGUCCUCAGCACCUCUGAGCUGCUGCUGGCUGUCAGCGUUGGGAACACACGUUUCAACGAGAUCAUGGAGGCCACCCUGCCCACCCAGGACUGUCCCAAGCCCUCGGCCAGCAGCGACAUGGCUGCCCGCAAGGAGUUCAUCGUGGCCAAGUACAUGGAGCGGCGCUACGUGCAGAGGAGCGGGCGCGAGGAGCCGCAUCGCCUCUGGGACACCAUCCGUGCCCGGGACCUCCUGGGCCUGCUCCAGGCCUUCGCCGAGGGCCAUGACCUGGCCAAGCCCCUGGCCAGCCCCGAGGGCCAGGACACGGGGGAGCUGGCCCUGCACGUGGCCGUGCGCCACGCCGACAGAUCCUCCCUGCCGCUGGUGGACUUCAUCAUCCAGAAUGGGGGGAUGCUGGACCGGGUGACGCAGGACGGGAACACGGCUUUGCACUACAGCGCGCUCUACAACCGGCCCAACUGCCUCAAGCUGCUCCUGAAGGGCAAAGCCACCUUCUCCAUGGUGAACGUGGCGGGUGAGACGGCCUUGGACGUGGCCAGGAGGCUGAAGCACACGGAGUGUGAGGAGCUGCUGGAGCAGGCGCAGGCGGGGAAGCUCUCCCUGCAGAUCCAUGUCGACUUCGACUGGGAGACCCCCCAGGAGUUCCCUUAUGACAGUGAGGACGAGCUGGAGGAGAAGGUGAGCCCCCUGCAGCGCUCCUUCAAGGGCACGUCGCCGCUGGCCACCAGCCCCCCCCCGGCCUGUCCCCAGACCCGCUGGAGCUGCAUGGGGAUGGACAUCACCAACAAGACCUAUGAGAGCAUCUUGGUGCCCUCCCGCCCCGUGCCCCCCCGCCGGGCCCACAGCGAGGAGAUCCCCCCGCCCCUGCCCCUCAAGAACCCCACGCGGGGCAGCUCCCGCCCCAGACCCGGCCACAGCCCCACCGAGCGCCCUGAGCUUCCCCGCCAGGCCUCGGAUCCUCACUUCCCUGGACCAGCUGAGGCUCCAGCCUCUCGUGGGGUCCCCUCAGCCAGCAGCCUGGGGACCCUGGACCCCCCCACUGCCCCCCCAGCCCCCGGUCCCCGCAGCCCCCCCGAGACCCGGCGGGCAGUGUACUGGGAAACCCGCUCGGAGCCGGAGAGCAGCAGCAGCAGGAGGGGGCUGGAGCUGAGCCCCCCACCUGGGCAGCCCCCCCCGGGGGGCAGCACGGCCCCCGACAUCCCCCCGGUCAAGUUCAGCUCGGAGAGCACCCGCUCCUACCGGCGCAUCAGCAGCGUGGGGGGCAAAGCGGGGUCAGCCCUGGCCCCCCAGAGCCCUGCUGGCCCCGAGGACCCUGCUCUGAGCAAGGUCCCCCCCGUGCCCAUGCCCAGGAGGUUUGCUCCGGCCAAGGGGAGGCAGAAGCGGGUGAAGGCAGUAGCUGACUGCAAGGGGGACAAAGCACGGGAGCUGACCUUCUCCAAGGGGGAGGUGAUCGUGGUGACACGGGAGGAGGACGAGCAGAGCUGGGUUGGCUUCAUCGAGGGCGAUGGUUCCCGCACCGGUGUCUUCCCUGCCAGCUUCGUCCACCUCUUGCAAGACUGACCGGGUGACAAUGGCCCUUUUUGUCCCUGUCCCCUCAGCUGGGACCCCAGGCAGCUCCCCCCGGGCUGGCCAGGGCUCACCUGCAGCCCCAGCAGAGCCAGGACACAUGCCCAGGACCUUCCUAUGGGACUAACCAGCCUUGCUGGACACUGCUUGCCAAGGUGGGGGGGCUCAGAGACACCCCUCUCCACCCAUGCAUUGGGAAGACCACCCCUGGAUGGGGACUGCAGGGCUGUCCCCCCCCCCACCCCGGGGGGUGGAGGACCCCCAGAGAACGGACACGCUCGUGACAGUUGUGGUUUCUGUGCUGUCUCCCUCCUGCCAGCCCUGGGGCUUUUCUUCUCCCCAGUUUGCAAGGCCUUGGGGAUGGGGGGACAGGACUGGGAGCAGAUGGGUUCUUUCUGCCCCCCCCCCCCCCCCCCCCCCAAAGACACCCACCCUUUUCUCCUCUAUCCCAUCUGGGAAGUGUUUGGGAUGGGCAGGGGGGGAGGAAAAGGGCUUUGGUGACCCAGGGGGGCUGGAGAGGCUCUCCUAGAUUGGGCUGGUGGGGUUUGGGGACACUGCAAAGCACCCCCCCCCCCCCCCCUUCCCCUCUGGUUUGCCUGGUAGCAAAAGGCCAUUCCCUGGUUUAGGGGGGGGGCCUGCACAGCUCCUGCCCCUUGCUGGGGGGGGGGUGCUGGAUCACCCCCCUGGCCCUGGGGGUCUCCCAGUGGGGGGGGAUUCAACUUUUUCUGGGACCAAUGUGUGUGUCCCCCCCCAGUGCCAGCAUCCUUUGGGAACCACCUGCUCCCCCCCCCCCCAUUUACCCUCCCCCCUUUCUUGUUUGUGCGUCAAAUGUUUCAUCACCCAAACGACCUUUUAUUUGUGUUUGUUUUUUAAUGUUUUCUGUCUCUGGUUUCUAAUAAAACCCUCAGUUUUUGUAAGUA